AAGCGUUAAAUUCCCACCGACGUGGUGAAAUAGAUCAGAACGUCUCGUGAAUCGCUAACAAGGAGAUAAAAUUGUUUAUUUAAGUUGUUGUGUUAUUUCAUUGCUGUUGUGGGAUGGAUGUUAAUCAAAUGGAAGGUGAUUAACUAUUUGUUUGUAUAAAAGACGGUACGUGAGCAGUAGUUGGAACAAAUAUUUUGACACCUAUUCACCGUGAACAUGACAUAUGUGUAUCUUAUCCUCGGUGUAGCAUCUCUCUGCUAUGCACUACCAUAUGGUUCACUCAAAGGAGAAGAGUGUACUCUGGAGCCUUCUGAGCUUGGUCCCUCAUGGUACAAGGUUCCUCAACCACUGGAACCCACUCCCCUUCCAGAUUUGAAUGCCACCCCGUCCUAUAUGCACAUGCCAUGUGCUCCAACCACCUUCUUUGAGAUCACCAUAUGUGGCUGUACGAACCUGGUGGCGCUUAUACACACCUCUCUGAAUAAAAGAAAGGAGGCUCAAUCUGAUGAGGAGAGAAAGUCUCGUAUUCGACAAGGUGACCUCGUGAAGGCAAUAAACCUUGCUGAACGUAAUUUAAAACGUGUAGCACACAAGUAUACCGAGGAGAGCAAACCGGGAAGCAUCCUGCUCAACACCCGUACAGGGGAAGUUACGAAGUGCCCAUUCCGGGCCUCACGACGUGGUCACCAAUGGUAUCUGGUCCGAGUACCAGGCGAGUUCUGGAGACCAAUGAGGUGCGCCGCGGGAACAUACUUCAGCAAACACAAGUGCACAUGUGGUCACAGGCUUAUGGGAAACCAAGUACCGUCGACAGUCGAUCAAGACAAUAUUGUUAUCAUUGAAGAAGACUUCGACCGCUUUGCAAGUGGCAGCGAUAACACAAUAAGCCAGAGUUUAGGAAUAAGUUUGAGGGAUGUAGACUUUGGUUUGAAUAAAAAAGAAGCAAAUGAUAUUCCAUUCUGGAGAAGAGAAAGUCGCGAUCAAGGACAGUCUAACCGUCGCAAUGAUAUAGUCAAGAAUAUACGAGCUGAUGUAAAUGUCAAUAUACAGAAACAUGAUAAAAUGAUUGUUGACAGAGUAAAUUUAGGCACAGACACAAUUUCGGAGAGUCAUGCGCAGUUGCUUCUUAAGCGUAACAAAGGUCGAAUUUCUGUGAUAUCUAAGAAAAAGAAAUCUAGGACUUUACAACUUGACAAGAUAGUGGACCAAAGGCAACAACUCACAAAUUCGUUUUUGAAGCCCGAAGAACGCACUGUACAACAUACUUGGAAUACGGAAAGGCCCGACCACUCAAAUAUAAGUAAGACAAUAUUUUUUGCACCAAUGAAGCCUUUAGAAAAAUCUAAUACCAAACCCAAGUCAAGUCUACAAUCGAAGAAAACAUCAGUUGCAAUAGAGGUAAAGACGGACACAGUGAUCGGCAAUGUGCAUGAAGUUAACAACGGAAUUCCAAAAGGAAAAGCCACAGAUCUUGCGGAUUUAAACGAAUUAACAAAUGUUUUGUCUGACGUUGACAAUAAAAUAACUGCUAAAGAAAAGCUUGAACUUGUUUCAAAUGGCAACACGAAUAAAACAAGUGUUGUAAAAGAUGGUGCUCAGCAGGACAAGACGUUGUUUCAAAACGAAGUUGAAUGCCGCAAAAAGCCUUUGCGGGAACUUGGUGGCCAAUAUUUCCUGAUCCCGAUAGAAAACAUUGGUUACGUUCCGUACGCCUGCUAUGGCGACCAAGUGUAUGACCAUUUCCUUUGUGCCUGCAGGCAGGCGUUUGAGGGAGAGGCAAGAUAUAAUGAGGCAUUGUUUCCGCUAGAAGAGUGCUAUAAAAGAAAAAUAUUCGAACUGGGGCCAAAGUACUUUGAAGGUCACGUGAUGGGUUUUGGAUUUCUUCCUAUUGCUUGUCAUGGAAACCUGCAGUUUGAUGAAAGAAAAUGUACUUGUGUGUAAGAUGAUCUCACCCUAGGGGUGGCUACAAAUAUUUUCUAAAUUCACUCACCUCUACAUUAUUGUUUGCAGUGUGCAUGGAAUUCAUAGAAACAUUCGAUUUUCGUUAUAUGAAUGACGAGUUUAGGGUGUAUUCCUACUGCCUAUUUGAUGUCUUAUGACUUGACUCACCGCACCCUCUUGCAGUCUAAAGGGGUUUUAAAGUCCUGAAGGGUGGCAGGAUAUACCCUUAUCUGAAAAUGAGGAAUGAAGCCAAAUAUAAUAAUUUUGCCUUAAGGCGUGGUUACGUACGAAGGAUGAAUGAAAUCUGAACUCAGAGUCUCGACUAUCGUUAUAUCAGAUGAUAAUCGGAGCCGAAUGUAAAUUCGUUCGCUUGAAAGUGUUAAACUUACAGUACUCGGAUGCGAAACAGUGGCUCCAGCUCUUUUAGGAGCUGUGUAUAAAGAGGAGCCAAUGACACUUC